CGUGCUGAGCGGUGACCGCGCCAUUUCGGAAGCCGAGCGUCUGAGUGGCUGCUACAGAGCGUAGGACCGAAAGCUUCGUAGAGAGACUGUGGCUCUUAAGAAAGUGCUGGGGAACAGGUGAAAGUUACGUGAGUCACUGUUGCUUUUGAACUAGGAACGGUGAGCAGAAUGAGUAUCUCACAGGACCAGAAUGGCUCCAAUAAGAGAGAACCCCUUUUGAGGUGUUGCGAUGCACAGAGGGACUUGGAGCUUGCUAUUGGUGGAGUUCUCCGGGCUGAACAGCAAAUUAAAGAUAACUUGCGAGAGAUCAAAGCUCAGAUUCACAGCUGCAUAAGCCGUCACUUGGAAUGCCUUCGAAGCCGUGAGGUAUGGUUGUAUGAACAGGUAGAUCUCAUCUAUCAGCUUAAAGAGGAGACACUUCAGCAGCAGGCCCAACAGCUCUACUGGUUACUGGGCCAGUUCAAUUGUCUUAUUCGUCAACUGGAAUGCACCCAAAACAAAGAUCUAGCCAAUCAAGUCUCUCUGUGCCUGGAGAGACUGGGAAGUUUGACCCUGAAACCUGAAGAUUCAACUGUUCUACUUUUUGAAGCAGACACAACUGCUCUGCGCCAGGCCAUCACAACUUUUGGGUCCCUCAAGACCAUUCAAAUUCCUGAGCAUUUGAUGGCUCAUGCUAGUUCAUCAAAUAUUGGGCCCUUCAUGGAGAAAAGAGGCAAUAUGCCAUUGCCAGAGCAGAAGUCAGCAUCUAGCACCAUAGCUGUCCCUCUCAGUGAAUGGCUCCUUGGAAGCAAACCUGCCAGUGGUCAUCAGACUUCUUACACACCCAGCACCAAUCUGCAGGACUGGCUCACUCAAAAGCAUACCUUGGAGAAUAAUCAGACUUCUGCCCGAGCCUGCAAUUUCUUCAGUAAUGUCUGGGGCAACCUAAAGGACUUGGAAAACUGGCUCCACAAGAGUCAGCAUCAAGAAGUUCCUGAAAAACCAAGUUAUCAAAAGGGUAGCAGUGAUUCUACCACCAGUUCUUACUCCAUUGAUACUGAAAAGGAUGAGAAUCUGGAGCUGCUUGAUCAAGAUGAGAUGGAUCUUUCUGAUUGGCUGGCGACUCCCCAGGAACCCCAAAAGCUGGAGAAGCCUGGGAAUGGCAGCUGUGCAACCAGUGAGAGAUUUAAGCUCUUGUUUCAGGUGUUCCAAGAGUCUUAUAGUGUGAAUGAUUGGCUUGUCAAGCCUGAUUCCUGUACCAAUUGUCAGGGCAACCAGCACCGAGGCGUGGAGAUUGAAAACCUGGGCAAUCUGAAGUGCUUGAAUGACCACACGGAGGCCAAGAAACCCUUGCCUAUUCCCAGCAUGAUUAUUGAAGAUUGGCUUGUCCAGAACCAUCAUGAGCCAUAUAAAGUAGAGGAGGUCUGCAAAGCCAAUGAGCCCUGUACAAGCUUUGCAGAAUGUGUGUGUGAUGAAAAUUGUGAGAGGGAAGCUCUUUGUAAAUGGCUGCUGGAGAAAGAAGGAAAGGAUAAAAAUGGUAUGCCUGUGGAACCAAAAUCUGAAUCUGAGAAAUGUAUAGAUUCCCUAAGUAUGUGGCUUUGUCCUUCUAGAAAAGAGGCAACAGAACAAGCUAAGAUACCAAAAGCAAUGGCUCCUUCUAGAAUUGCUGAUUCCAUCAAAGUGAUAAGAAAUAGUCCCUUGUCAGAAUGGCUUAUCACACCCUCAUGCAAAGGAUACCUCAAGGAAGUGCCUACUACUGAGGACCAAGCUGGCAAACAAAAGCUUACCAGCCCUGUGGCCUCUUCCUGGUGCCCCUUUAAUGCAGCUGACUGGGUCUUGCCAGCAAAGAAGACAGGAAAUCUCAGCCAGUUUUCCUCAGAACAUAAGUGGCUGCUUCGAAAGAAGGCCAAGGAAGUAUUGCUUAAUUCACCCCAACAGGAGGAACAUAACUUUCCCCCAGACUGUUACGGCUUCCCAGCAGUUUGUGAUCUCUUUGCCUGUAUGCAGCUUAAAGUUGAUAAAGAAAAGUGGUUGUAUCGAACUCCUCUACAGAUGUGAAGGAAUGGAGUACUAGAGUCAAGCAACUUUCCUGCAAAUUCUCACACUUCAUAAGCCGAGUGACUGCAGCUUGCCAAAUCAUUGUUUCUGGGUGUGACCAAUCAGCUUAGUUCCUUUCUUGACUAAUUUUCAACUAAUGAAGAAAAAUAAGUCAUCAAAUUAUGAGUUACUGUGUAAAAGAAAAAGGCUAUUUUUUGAUGGCUGACGUGAUUCAGUUCCUUCUUACAAAGAAUUAAUUCACUCUUACACUAGAAAUGCAGCAUUUUGGUGGAUAUUUCUUUCAUAAGCUUCCAUGGCUCCUUAUAUUGGGUUGUUACUAGUACAUUAAAAACACUGUAGUUUUAAAAAAGAAAUAGUUCUGUUAAGGUGUUCAUCAAAGAAGCUAGUGAACUUCUUUAACCUUUUGAUUACCCUUUUUAGAUGCUUCCUUUGCUGUGGGUUUUCUUCCAUUAGUGGUGGAAAUAAUUUCUAGUUAAUAUAAUAUUUCAUAUAAAGAAUUAACUGAGAAUAUAGUGAUUUUUUUAACCAAAAUAGGUAUCAGCAUCUUGGCAAUUUUUGACAAUUACAAAAGACACAUCAGAUUCUACAGUAUUUUCUUUUGGAAGAAAUUUAGUUACUGCAAAUUUUGUCCUUAUUUCCUUCUCUAAAUGUUGUAUCCAGUGAGCUCUUUUAGAAAGGCUCUGAAUUGCUUCAAGACAACAUCCUGGAUAAUCCGAAUGUCUAGAAAUAUUCUGAAGAAACACAGGCAAGAGUCCCCACACCCACUAAUCAAAAAGCAAAAGACAGGACAUGCUGGAAAUGUAGCACUUGAACUAUUCAUUAUCCUAAGGGUUGGUUAUUGGUACGUCCUGUGUAAAAUGGAUGUUGAGCUCAAUACCUACCUGGUGCUUUUAACUGGGGUUAAAUUAAAUGCCCUUUUACUGCAAGUACAGUGUACUUUUACCUCUAAAAACAAAAUGCAGAGACAUUUAGAGAACAGGCUGUUUUGAACACUUGUGCCUUGGGGUGUUUAUUGUUUAUUGAAGCUUUAUGAAAGCUGGUAUUUUCUCAAGAUGCUCAAAGUAAUGUUCAUACUUUAAAAAGUUUCUCUGUAGGAGAGAAAUGGUAUUAACUGCUUUCCAUCAGGCCUUUAAAUUUAUUAAGCCACUGAACUUGCCUUGGUAUGUGGUAUUGGAAAUACUUUCAGUUUGUGAUAGUCAUCCAGAAAGCCCUUUUGGAGAAAUUAAACAGUUCGAGUGUCAUUUGCCCUACAGCUUCACUGGAAUUCUUGAACCACAGCUGAAAAAAAACCAUUAUUUUUAGUUCCCCGUCCCCCAACAUAAUUUAGAACUUUAAUAAAGGUGAUGGGUAAAAACUUAGCCUUUCCAUUAUUUUAGGUCGCAGAACACUUUGUAGUUUUUGAGGUUUAACAGUGUGUAUUCCUAACUUUACAUUAAUCACUAUGCUAAUGAGUAUAUGUCUUUUACAUUAUGCAUUUUGUACCUCCCCAUUAAAAGCAUUAACAAACA